AUGGCGCCAUUGGUGCUCGUGCAGACGCGCAAAUUCGGCGCCUUGGACGUACCGCAGAAGCCCAAACCAGCGCCAAAACCAGCGCCGAAACCGGUCGAGGACGAGGACCUCAAUGCCAAGUCGUUCAGCUUCCUCGGCGGCCUCGUCGCGUCGUCCAUGUUCGACGCCGACGCCGACGCGACGCCGCCGCCGCCGGCGACGACGACCGCGUCCACACUCCUGCAGCGCUGCGCGAACGGCGACGCCGCGGCCGACGCGCUCGCCGAGGCCUCGUACUGGCGGGCCUUCGAGGCGCCGUCGGCGCGGCCCGCGCCCGCCGCGGACUUCGACGUUGCCGCCGCCCGGGCGGCGCUCGGCGGCGGCGACGGCUACUUCGCCGCGCGCGACGCGUCCGACUCCGCCCUCUGGCGCGCCUGCGCGGACGUCGUCCGAGCCGUCGAAGCGGCCGGCUGGCCGCCGGUCUUCGCGCUGCUCUGCGACGCGCCCUGGCGCGGCGUCGCGCGGAGCUGGGACCUCGCGCGGCGCGUGCUCGGCGACUGCGUGCUCGAGCCGUCGAUGUUCAUCUGGAGCCUGCGGCGCCACGGGAUCGACGAACCCGGCGCGGAAGACGCCG